AUUUUAACUUAUCUUUUAAAAAAAUAGAACUAUUUAUUUCUUUUUAAAAAAUAUAUAAAAAUAAAAAUAAAAACUUAGUCAGGGGGACAUGACAAAAAGGAUCGUCUGGGACAAGUCGAGUCACAGCAGGUGGAGAUCGGAGUCUGUCGAAAGCGACGUUUCGAUGAGCAACUUCCAAACGCCAAGAGAACACCGACAUCACCGAAGAAGAGAUAGCAACAGCAGAACUGUACAAAGCGAUCCACGUUCAGACCCUGACAAAGAGAACAAACCGUCAAAUCAUUCCAUCAAUACAGUUAAUUCUUGGGAAAUUAAUGAAAUCAACGGUCAAAAUUCAAACAAAGACUCAAUCAAAAGAAAUAAGAAGCGACUCAAAAAGAAUGAGAUAAAUGGUCAAAAGUUAAAAAUACCCGUGUCAAUACCAUAUCCCCUGAGACCGAAGAUCAUGGUGUCAAUACCUUUAGAAAAAAUAAGCGUAAAUACUGAAAGGGUUGUGAAAGAAGAGAAAAUCCCUCCGAUUAAAGUAAGCGCAUUGCUAAGGGAGAAGAACGUCAAACUCAACUCGAAAUUUUCAGAGUCUUCAAGUGACGAUUCUUCGUAUUCAGAGUCUGAAAAUAUUGACUGCAUAGGCAUACUGUUAAAAGAGAUGGAAGACUCUGAAUACUCGACUUCGAGUGAGUUUGAUUUUUCUGAGGAAUCUCGAGUUGAUUUCCCGAAGGAAGAAUUGCCGAGGGUUUCCGAGACGAAGGUUCCUUUUAUAAGCAGCUCCGUUACGAUAACCCCUGUAGUCGUAAGAGCAGAUGAGAGUAAGUUUAAUUUUUUAACACAACAGGAGAGGUCGCCGUGGCCAAUUGGAACUUCGACUCCACUCAAUACACAAAUUUUUCCGAAUGAAAUCUCUCCCGUUGUGCCUCUUAAGAGGCCCAAGCCUUCAGUCGUGGCAGAAAGCUCUCAGACCACAUCGCACGAUGUCAGAUGUUUGUUCUCCGAUUUGGACUUUUCAGGCCAAGCGAACAAGUUAUUUGACAAUCUGACAUCACUCGAAUGUGGGGAAACUCCUGUCGACAAUAUGCUCAUUAAUGAAAUCGACCAACUCCAACCGUCGAACAUGAACGAUUUCGACCCGUUGCGCUGGAACAUCCAAUUCAACGAUAAUCUUAACCUGCCGAUUGAAUCGGACAACUUCGUGCAGACUUGGCUCUCGACGAGCAACACGGAUAGCGGCAUAACGUCGACAAACUUGGAAAACUCAAACAGCAUCGAAGGCUGUGUCACACCGGCGACUCUGGAAAACUCGGGUGCCAUUGGCGCUUGGCCGAACCCGCAGUAUGGCGCCAAGAUCCUUCAAAACGAAAUCCUGAUGCUGGAACAAGGAUCGCAGACCAGCGCCAACUCUGGAAAGCCUUUCACGAGGAAUUUACACUGGUGUUGCAGUUGCGAUAAAAUCUGCCACUGCAGCUUCCAACAGCAUCACCACUGCUGUAAAUCGGUCCACUGCAGUUUACAUGCAAACACAGUCAGCAGAUUAGAUGCAUACACGCAAACCUAAAAACUUCCGAGCAUCGUUGCCUUCUCAAAAGGGAUAUAUGUGAAUAUUUUAAACUUUUUUUUUUACAUAAAUAAAACUAGUAACAAAUUAAAUUUUAUUCUA